CUUGUCAGUUGCUUUACAUACCUCUGACAACGCGAUCGUUUUCAAAGUCUCUUGUGCUUCUCUUCUUAUCUAUUCUAAAUACACGCAAAUCAAAUUCUAUCGCGAAACUGUGACAUCAUUAAUGAUCGUAGAAUGAAUUGUGUGAAAUAAUGCUUUUGCGGAAGACAUAGCUCGAUAGUGUAAAACUAUAACCUCUAUUUUGCUGAGCACGCUUACAUUUGGAUAUCCAACGUCGUAAUUCACGACAAGAUGGAGAAGAAUGUAGGGUUUGCAAGUGGGAGUGCUGAACCAUCAGCACCGCCACCAACAGUAGCUCCGCCAAUGGCACCCCCUUCUUAUGAAGAAGCUGUUGGAAAUAUGGCCAAUCCUCCAUACCCAGUAUCACCACCAUCAGCUAUGCCAGCACCAUUUUAUAACCAACCGACAAAUCAACCGGCACCGUCAUAUCCGACAAAUUAUCCCGCUGCUAGCGAGCCACCGAGUCAAUCGCAGACACAGUUCAAUCCGAAUCCAAAUGUUCCAUCAUCGACGGAAGUUAGAUUUAUUCCUCAGCCGGUGGUGACGUACGCGCUGGGCCCGAACCCCACAAAACUGUCUUGUCCCAACUGCUACUCCAGCAUCAAAACCACCACGAUAUCGGAUCACCAGCCGACUGCCCACAUUUGUUGCAUCGUUCUCUGUUUACUCGGGUGUUGCCUUUGCUCGUGCCUGCCGUACUGCAUGAGCAGUUUCAUGAGUGUCCACCACUUUUGUCCGAAUUGUAAAAGUUUUAUCGGGACGUGGAAGGGUUGAAUCUGAGUCGAAAACACGUUCAUUAUUUGUAUAAUCAAUUACGAUUUUUUUACGCAAUGAAACACGAUGUCGCAACGUUUCGAACAGUAUCCUUGGAGAGUAUUUCUUUGCUAAUUCCGCAAUAACGUCGACAGUAUGACGAUUCCGCACAUUUCCUCGACGUUUAAUCGUUUUUGCCUUUCCUUAUUAUGAACAGACAGCUACAGCUAAUAGUGUUCAUCUCAUUUAGUAAAUUUCACAUCUUGGGGACGGAUCGUUCCGUUUCGGACGAUAUCGCUCGGCCGUUGGAUUGAAAGUGGUAAUAAAAAUGUCAAGCGUAAUUGAUAUAUCGAUUCAUGGAGACUAAUCUACGGCUUCCCUGGUCUCGAUGCUCUGUUCUCGGGCCGUCGAAACCGUCGUCAAGGUGUGUUAAUCGUGUUCGUGCGACCGACAGAGUGUUCCAAGAGAAUGGACAGUUUGACACGAUUGUCAUAGUUUGUAUCAGAAAUACUAUUAUAUGACGCUUAUUCCUUGCGAGACGACACGUAUGUAAACUGAUACGAGUGAUAGUCGGCGACGAUUAUGUGUUUAUAUUCGACAUGGAUUUGAUGAAUUUGAUGAAUGGGUGCGAGUGCGGGUGUGGGUGGUACGCUCGCGUACGUGUGUCUUACAGAUAGAAUUAGACCAUUUUCAAGCGUGUUCGGUCCGAGAACUGGUUCCUCCUAAUUGCAAUUUGUCGCAUUCCAUUGCUUUCUGAAAAUAUUUUUAUCUAUAGAAAGAUAAACGCGUUAGGUAUUAUUAAAGCCGCAAUUACCGUCCAUCUCUGGGAUGGUGAUCCGCUUAAAAUGUGAACCAGAUAAUGAUAAACAAUAUUCUCCGUGCGAGAACAGCGAAGAAUAGUGUUUACCGAAUUAUAAACACUACCGGAUUAGAUUAGCUUGCCAUUUCGUAUUCAUGCGAGAUCAAUUUGCCAUUUCUGUGAUCUUCUUAAGUCAAUUGAUUUUAUUCGAAUCGUAAAACAUGGAGGGACAGUUUAAUUCUCGUCCGUUUCUUAGUUUUAAUUUAACAUUAAGUGUCGUUCCUUUGCCUUUUUCGAUGUAUUUCCUCGUAGAAAGGCAGUGAAAGAGAGUGCUAUAUAGAGGGCAUAUCAGAAGAUAUAUAUGCCCCACUUCCAGCAUGCAGCUGAUUCCGCGCAAAGAUCGAGAUUAGCGACUAUCUAGGGUUUUCCAUGCUUCCGAGAUUUUCGUCGAACCCGUCGCACGAAAGUAACCGGGAGAAAGUGAGUGAUAUUUGUACGACAGAGAGUUGCUGUGAAAUCGGAUUAUUUAGGAAAGCGUCGUCCGAAUUUUAUCGAAGCGAAUCUAUAGGAACUUGAACUCGACGUGUUUGUACUUUCGGCUCGAAUGACAACUAUACAUUUAUUCAAGCUAUUUAUAUUAAUGAACAAAGGACGUUAUGAAACCGAGAACGAGUCGUUUUGCUGCGUUUCAAUGUUUACUAAUAUCGAUGUAUUCCACAGAAUAUGCAUUUAAUGUACAAUAUUUUUCAUGUAUGUGUUUGGAAUAAUAAAAUAUACGUUUGUUUUAAACGAAAAGCUGAACCCCAUAGAAUUCACAAUGCUGAACGAACUCGAACGCCGGCGUUACGUUGUAACAGUUGUUUAUUUUAUUUUUAUAAGUGUACAAGAUGUUGAACAGAUUCGAGUAUAUAUACACUUGUUUCGUAAAUGAGAAACAAUGGUUUAUAUUUUGUUAGGUUGUAAAAGUCUCGUACGUACGCUACGGAAACAUAUUCUCGAGCGUCGCUCGAGAAGUUAAUUGGUAGGUCGCGCAAGUUUAUGCGGAUUUACACUUUUGCAAAUCAAUUCGAACAUUUUUGUGAACACCAUCGCAAUUGAUCCCAAUAAAUUGAUGAUAAAACGAAACUGCAUCGAAUCGAAUCAGCUUUUAUGUUUCGCGAUUAUUUCGAAGAUUUUACUGCGUACAAUAAGCGCAUAAACUUGAGCGAUCUUAGUUAUUAGACUCGAGCAAAAGACGAGUUGCGCUACACGCGGCUAGACUUUGAUUCGUACAGUUAUAUCCCGUUCGGAAUCAGUUUCUAUGUAACUGAUGGUUACAAAAUCCCUACGAGUACCUAUUUGAUACUGCAACGACUCUAUUAGCGGUACGAUAACGGAUUUACUGGUGGUUCAAGAGCACUUGUUCAACGUGCGCGCAUGCUACAGUGAUUAGUACUCAUAUAAAUGAAGUAUCUUUUAUACACAACACGCUAUCGCGAAUUGUAUGCGUAGUGAGACAGUGACGAAGAGAGGAAGAGAGAAGAAGGCUCUCGGGAGUUGCAGGAGCUAUCCUUUCUGCAGAGACUAGCGUGAGAUCUAUGAAGAGAAAUGAAGGGUAACAAGGGAAGGAUAUGAAGUCGACACGUGAAGUUUCGCGUUUCCAAGUAGCUCCGCAUCGUCGAUUCUACGCGAGAGUAUCCAGCAGAUUGCCACGGGGAAGAAAUUGCUGUUGAGCCACGGAAGAGUAUUCCAUGUCGAUUGGUUUGGUGUCGUCGUAAAGCGCCGGAGCUUCGCAAAGGAUCGCGAACGUGCCGACGAUGGAACUUAUCGUGAAGAUCCAGAGGAAUAGUCGGUCGAGAACCAUCGCUACGAAACCCCAAUCUUGAUCUUCCUGCAGUAGCAGAGAGAUUCAUUACUGCGAAAUUCAUGAUUAUAAAGUACUCGCUCCUCUUAGAUUUUAAGAAACUUGACCCUGGAGAAAUUAAACGAAAGCUUCUGCACGCAUAACCACUUUAUUCUUGAUAUCAUCUUUGGAAACGGUUCUUCGGUACUUAUCAAUUUUGGAUUGAUAAAUGGAAUAUUGUAUAAAUACAAUUCCUUAGCAUUUUUUAAUUGGAAAAAUAAUUUUUCUAGGGUCAAUAGAGAAAGUAGAUCUUGUAAUCCGAUACGGGGUCGCUUACCGCGUUAAAUUCGUCUUGCCGUUGUAUAUGGUGCUGAAUGAACAUCACGUUGUGCAGAGCCUUCUCGAGUUCGAACGGAUACUUCUUCUUCGGGGUUACGUCGCUCAGUGACUCGUCUAACCCGGACAUCACUGUGGGAAGUCCGUUGUAUCCACCUAAGCCUCCCAGGAAUCUGUUGUGCGCACUCGUCGUGUGCAAACCGUUACAUCCUGAAUUAGAAAUAAAUUAAAGAGUGGAUGUAGAAAAUGAUAAAAGUGAGAAACUGAUAAGACACGAAAUAUCCUGUCCACAGGGAACAGUCUAUGAACGCAGAACGCAAACUGGCUUAGGACGUUAACGAUAGUACACAGUUUGCACUUUGGCCAUCUUCAACGUCCACUCCACAGUUAGAAGUAUUUCGUCCGUUAGUAUAAUAUAAGAACAAGAUUGGCGAACGAAAAAAGCUAUCGAUUCAAUUUAACACGAAUGGUGCUUUCUCAUCAAGAAUUGUUUCUUGACAAGUACCUCGACGAUAAAAACUGCUCUGUAACUAGAGUAAAGCUACUACUGCGCGGCACAUACAAUGUUGGCUGGCGACACGACGCAGGGGUAAGAAGUUUGCUGCGCUUGCCUUGUCCCGAAUAAAAAAUAUUCGUGUAUCCAAUAA